AUGUUAUUCAAGAUUUUAGCCUGUGUUGGAUUUUUGGCUGCAACUGCCGCUGCUCAGAGUCAUUACGGACUACACAACGAAGCCCAGCAUGACGCCGGAAACUACCAUCACGACAUCGGAAAUUAUCAUCACGACGAAGAGCAUCACGGUCCCGCCCACUACGAGUAUCACUACGACGUUCAUGACGAACACACCGGAGAUGUCCACGGGCAUCGGGAAGCACGGAAAGACGAUAGCACCCAUGGCGAGUACUACUUAAUUGACGCCGAUGGCCACAAGCGCACCGUGAAAUAUCACGUGGAUGGUAAAAGCGGAUUUAUCGCUGAAGUUCAUCGAGAAGCCGUCAAAGGAUUCCACGACGCUCCUGAGCGACAUAAUUAUCAUCAUAAAUUUGAAUAG